AUGGCGGGCAAGCGACCGCGCGCCGCCUUCGAGGCCGACCUCCAGGCCCAGCAGUCUCCCUACGCUUUCUUUGGCACCCCGCUGCCACCACUGGACCCCAGUGUCAGGGACGAUGGCUCCUACGUGCCCGUCUGGAAGCAAGAAGUGACCGAUGAGCGCGGCCGCAAGCGAUUGCACGGCGCGUUCACCGGAGGAUACAGCGCCGGGUAUUUCAACACCGUGGGCUCCAAAGAAGGAUGGGCCCCCUCGACCUUUAUUUCUUCGCGGUCAAAUCGCGCCGCCAAGGCACAACAGCAGCAAGUCGAGGAUUUCAUGGACGAGGAAGACCUCCGCGAGGCCGAGGAGUCAAAACAGCUGGAGACCUCGGGCGACUUUGCCGCGUUCGGUUCUACCCAGUCUUAUCUUACCGGCCGAGGUGGCAUCAUGGAUCUUUUCAAGGCCGGUGGCGAGACCAUGGGCGUAAAGCUUCUGAAGAAAAUGGGCUGGCGAGAAGGACAAGGCAUUGGACCGAAAGUCCGACGAAAAGCUGACCUGGGUGAUGCUGCACCACAUGGAGGAGAAGAGCAUACACACCUUUUUGCUCCCGAAAAUGCCCCAACAGUGACCUUUGUCCGAAAGACGGAUCACAAGGGCCUCGGCUUUGAAGGAGAAGCGCGUCUGGAGUCGAGCCUGCAGUCAGAAAGCAAACCUGCAGACAACGAGGACGAGGACGACGCUGAUUCAUUCUUCAGUCAACGCUUAGACUCUCGCAAAAAGUCAAAGGAGAAAAAGCCUGCCCGCCGUGGUGCAUUUGGGGUUGGCGUGCUUAAUGACACCGGAUCAGAUGACGAGGACCCGUACUCAAUGGGACCGCAGAUUUCCUACAACCGUACUAUUGGAGGAGACAAGAAAAAGAAGAAAUCCAAAGGGAUUGACGGCGGCAAGCUCCCAGUCGGCUCGGCAAAUCCACUUUUAACCAGCAAGCCGGUCUUCAUCUCAAAGAAGACGUCUCUAGCAGGCUUUCGCAAGUGCCAUGACGGCCGUUUACCGCUCGAUGGUUUCACUCUCGCUGACGCCAUUUCGAAUAUUUCUCUUUCUUCUGAAAAAACCUUUUCUCCCCCCCAAAUACCCCAGGGCUGGAAAUCGUCAAAGGCUCCCAUUGCCGACAGAGAUACAUCUGCUUACACAUCGACUGCUGAUGCCGCAAAAGCCUCCAAGCUUGAUCCCAAGACCCGUGCCGAGCUCUUGGGUGAGGACCAGCUUCCCGGUAAAUCAAUAUUUGAUUGGAUGACCCCCGAGGGCAGAGAAAAGAUUGUCAGGUUGACUGGCAGAACCGAUCUACCUCCAGCUUUGGGAGAAAAGGCUCCGAAAGGAUACGGAAUAUCAGAUGCUGAGAAGCGUAGGAACUUGUGGGAUCUCGUUCCGAACCUUGAUAAGGCCGCUGCGGUCCAGGCUCUAGAAAGAGCAGUGGGAGGCUGGAUGCCUUACUCGGAGGAUGAAAACAAGAGGCAGCGCUAUCGUAGUUUCCUAGAAGUACGGGCUGGCUUAAAAGAAGGCCUUCCAGACCGCCUGCCGGGGUCGACAACAAAUGCAUGGGCUAUAGAAAUGCAUGAAUUCGCCAGAGCUGCCGAAGUCUUCAGGCCUGUUUCCGGCGUGAUGGCCUCGCGCUUCACGUCUGCCAGCACUGCUCCUAAACUGGGAUCGGACCAGCGAGAUGCCACUUCAUCUCAGUCUCUAUUAAGCCGCCCAGCAGCGAAACCAGAGGAUCCUGCCGAGGCAGCAGCCAAGAUUGGCAUGUUUGGGCAGAUGACCCGCAGCACGCUGUCUUUCUUCCCAACUCGUCUGCUGUGUAAGCGACUCAACAUUAAGCCACCAGCUCACGUUCAGCUUGAUCCGGGCGAUGUAGCAGAAGGGGAGUCGCGGCCCUCAGCUCGUCCAGCCGGCAGCUCCUCCCGGUUAGAUCUUGUUUCUCAGGAUGUAAUGAACCAGCUUCUCUCCGAAUCUGCCACGGCUGCUACUCAAGAAUCGGGGAAGCCUACAGCGGCACCCGCUCCCAUUGUCAUCGAACCAGAAAAGAACGAAGCGCUUGAAGCAGAGCGGCCUGGCGAAGCCGUUUUUAAAGCCAUAUUUGGCAGUGACGACGAAACCGGUGAAACCGGCCCACAACAGCCGUCGCUUCCCCAAAGCAUUUCCCCCGAAUCUUAUCUGUUUUGUUUCAGCCGAAUCGCCGGUCUAUACCUCUACUUUACUCGGAGUUCUCGACGCACAUCAUGCAAGAUGGGCUGCUGUUUUUCUCGUUCGAAUAAUGGCCCAGAGGCGUCCCAGUCCCCGGCUGCGACACAAGAGACCUACGUAGACUCUCUUGCUCAUGCCGGACGCUCGGAGCUUUCUCCAGGUCAGCAAACUGAAACGACGACGACGACGACGACGACAACGCCCAGCCAUCGUUCGCGUAGAAGGACAAAUUACCAGGAUACACCACUACCGCUAGAUGAGCAUUACAACCAGCCCAUUCGCCCACACGUAUGGCGCAGCAAGCGGCGCACCUGGACAUCAACACAACUUGCCAAGGAGCGAGAAGAGUUCUGGGAUACUCGGGUUACGGGGCGGUCCGAAGUGUGGGCUGCUCUCCGUACUGCAAUCUCUCUGCUGCAGGAAAGCAAUACCGAGACGGCUCAGGGGAUCAUAGAUGCCGCGGGUAUCACAGUGCCGACUGGGGAUCUCUGCGAGGGCUGUUACGAUGAAAACGGAGCUCUGUAUCGAGUACCUCAGUGCAUCGCUAGUGAUCCCAGCAACAUCGUGGACGAAACUCUGUCCGGGGCUGAGGAUGAGCCGGAUGAGGAUCUCGAUGAUGACGGCAUAUCUGAUCGCAAAAUAAUACCCGAAGAGUCUGGCGACGAGCUUAUACCGGACGACAUACAGAGGCGCCGAGAGGAGAAAGGGAAAAUGAGUGAACGCGAUAUGAUCAAGGUCCGGGCUCGCCUCAGUGAUCGAGGAGGGCCGGAUGUGACCAUUUCCCUGGGCAAGACCCAGAGCGUUGGCAUGUUGGCUCGUAGAAUCCAGAACGAAGCCAAUAUACCAAACCAUCAACGAGUCCGCAUCGCCUACCUAGGUCGAAUGCUAAAAGAACAUGAAUCCUUGCUUGACCAAGGAUGGAACCAAAACCACAUCAUCAAUGCACUGAUUGUCUCCAGGCCAUCUUUUAAUUUCUCGUGA